GAUCCGCCGAGACACCCAAGAUUUCUCUUUGCUCUCACUCACACGCGCCCCACGCGUCGGGUAUACACACAUACACACACACACGCUCACAAGGGUUGUAUACCAUCAACAACCACACACAACGUUUACAGAAACCAAACAUCAACUCCGUAACUUGGUCCCCUUCCCACACCGACUCAAACUACCUCCACCACCCAAACUUUCCCUUCCUCCCAUUCAUCAUGAAGAUUACGGCACUCUGUUUGACUGCGUUGGUCUCGGCGUCGCACGCCUUUGCCCCAUCCACCCCGUCGUCGGCUUCGUCGUCGGCGCGUGCGCUCAGCACCGAGAGUACCAGCGACGUGCCCCUCCUCCAAAUCAAGGAAAAGGUCCCCUGCUUCGGCGCGGCUCCCUUUAUCGGUGACAACGACGUCUUCUUCGGUGAGAACUACUGGGACAAGCUCACCAUGGAGUACGGCAGCGCCGAGACGGGUCAGUACCUCCGCGCCGCUGAACUCAAGCACGGACGCGCCGCCAUGUUGGCCGUCGUCGGAUUCGCCCUGCAAAAACUAGGCGUCACCUUUGACAAGAUCUCCCCCCACGAGUACCUCAGCGUCACGCAAAACGUCAAGUUCGCCGAUCUAGCCGCCAUGGGACCACUCCAAGCCGUGCAGGCCGUGCCCCUCGAAGGAUACGCACAAGUAUUCGCCGCCAUUGCCGCCGUGGAAAUCUACGAACUCACCCACCGAGACGGAGAAAUCAAACGGGAUGAGUCCGUCGCGCCCGGAUUGCAGCCCGGGGGAUUGACCGGCGAUCUCGGAUGGAACCCACUCGACAUCAAAAUCACCGAAGACCGACGUCUCAAGGAAAUUCAAAACGGACGCGCCGCCAUGUUCGCCAUUUGUGCCUGGGUCGCCGCCGAAGCCGUCCCCGGCUCCGUUCCUUUGCCGCUUCCGUGGUAGUCGAAGAAAAAUAGGCCUACAACGUAGACACCAGCGUAACCAUAUACCUAAGGUAACACCCGUUACGGGAGUGAAAC